UUCCGGGCCCUUGAAUCACACGCGCUCGAGUGCUGAUCAGUUGGCACACGGGCGCACGCACGGCAACGCGCACUAGCUCGGUGCUCGCUUCCCACUCCACAGCAAGCUCAGAUCAGAGAUAGGAGUACGUGAUUGAGUGAGUGACGGGACAGGCGGCAAUGGCGGGUGCGGGGACGCCGCUGAGGCUGAAGGAUCUGCUGGAGCUGGACUGCGACUCGUGCAGCGCCGCGGGCUUCCGCUGCUACCCGCGCCGCCUCGUCUCCGCCUCGUCGCCAAUGCGGCACCUCCUCGAGUCCCCCGAGGCGCUCCGUGGCUUCGGCGGUCGCUCACCGUCCCUGCGGCGUGGCCCGAGCAAGCUGUCCCACCUCUCGAGGAGCCUCUCGCGCCGGCUCAGGGGCGGCUUCUGGAGGCGCCGCGACGAGGAGGUCGCAGUGGCCGUGUUGAGCGUCUGCGGCUGCGGCUCCGAGCCGGAGACGUCGUCGGAGUCGAGUGAUAACUCGUCCGGGAGGAGGAGGUCCCGGACCGAGUCGGACUCGGACUUCUCGUCGGCGAGCUCUGCCUCGGAGAGCAUGCACGAUGCCGUGGCCGCCGCCGGAGAUGAGCACGAGGCGAUGAAGAGGGGAUCCAAGGAGGAGGGGUCCAGCUCGGGAUCGGAGGUGGACGACAAGGAUGAGCAGCUCAGCCCGGUGGCCGUCAUGGAUUUCCCCUUCCACGACGACGGUGACGGCGAGGAUGAAUACGGGGACGGAGAGGACAAGGGUGGCGCCGGCGCGUGUUCGUCUUCUUCCGAUGACAGCCUCGCGCGUCUCCAGAGAAGAAAGGCGCACAAGAUCCGACGAUUCGGGAACCUCGACGAGCUAGGUCCCGUGGAUCUCGAGGCGCACCUCGCCGCCACGUCGGAUGACCUCGCUGACGACGUCCCAGAACAGCAGCAGCUCCAGUGCCGCACCGACGCGGUAACGCCGCCGAGCCCAGGCAGCGGUCGCCGCGGCGUCGGCUUCCACGAAGAGCCAGACGAGCACGGCUUCCUUGCGCUGGUCAUGGACACGGUCUCGGCCGGCGUGGACGUCGUCUCCGAACGGCUUCUGCUCGACUUCUUCGUCGAUAUGAAACUUCGACGCUCUGACGCUGAGCUCCCUGCGCCGGCCGGCCUGCUGCCGCGAAAGGCUGAGUGGUUGGGAGACGGUGAGAUCAUGGCAGCGGCCAGGGGCUGGUUGGAAUGCGCGGAAACUGAGCGGUGGGGCUUGAACGACGUGCUGCGCGGCGGGGAGGCCGUCGUGGCCGAGAUGGAGCGUGGCCGGCGGUGGAUGCAAUGCGGCGAGGAGGAACGGGAGAUCGGCACGGUGGUGGCGGGGAUGCUGAUCGAUGAGGUGGUGGAUGAACUUGCUAGGCAGAUUGCAUGGGCAUCUGGCGUGGUGGAAGUCACGGACACUGCUCCCAAGAAUACUAAACGCUUCCUAUGCGAGGAAGUGAGCAAUGCUAGCAGCAGUACAACCUCUUACCUCUGUGCUCAGCUCUGAGAAGUGCAAGGAGCUUAAAACAUCAAGACCUCAAGAUAACUCAUGUAAAUUAUUCUCUCAUUAAAAACUUGUGUCAAUCUGCUAAAUGGGCUAGUUUCGGCCAGUGUUACUGGAUAUGGAAACAAG